GGCACCUUCCUGGAGUGCCACCCCGACCUGCGGGUGACCCACCGGUUCCACAAGGGCUGCGUGUCCCAGCUGAACGGGCUGAUUUUCUGCCCGCACUGCGGCGAGGACGCCUCGGAGGCCCAGGAGAUCACCAUCGCCCGGGCUGACACCUCAACCCCUGCCCCCCCGCCCCCCGGCCAGGAGCCCCCCGACGCCCCCGGCCGUGCCGACACCACCCAGCCCAGUGCACGGAUGCGGGGGAAGGGCGAGGGACGGCUGGUCCCCCACGACCCACUGGCCGACGGGAUCGACAGCUCCGGGGGCCCCGUGCUGACCCUGCCGUCGGGCGCUGCCAUCUCGCCGCUGGGGCUGGGCCCGGGGCCGGGCCGUGAGCAGCUCGAGAAGGCCUUGAUCGUGCAGGAGGCUGAGAGGCGGAAGAAGCUGCGGUUCCACCCGCGCCAGCUCUACCUCUCCGUCAAGCAGGGCGAGCUGCAGAAGGUGCUGCUGAUGCUGCUCGACAACCUGGACCCCAACUUCCAGAGCGACCAGCAGAGCAAGCGCACCCCGCUGCACGCCGCCGCCCAGAAGGGGUACCUCGAGAUCUGCCACGUGCUGCUGCAGGCUGGCGCCAACAUCAACGCGGUGGACAAGACGCGCCGGACGCCGCUCAUGGAGGCCGUGGUGAGCAACCAGGUGGAGACGGCGCGGUACAUCGUCCGCCGGGGCGGCUGCGUCUACAGCAAGGAGGAGGAUGGUUCGACCUGCCUCCAUCACGCGGCCAAGUGCGGGAACCUGGCUAUGGUCUCUCUGCUGCUGGCCACGGGGCAGGUGGACGUCAACGCCCAGGAUAACGGCGGCUGGACCCCCAUCAUCUGGGCCGCGGAGCACAAGCACAUUGAGGUGAUCCGUAUGCUGUUGACCCGCGGCGCGGACGUCACCCUGACAGACAACGAGGAGAACAUCUGCUUGCACUGGGCCUCCUUCACGGGCAGCGCGGAGAUCGCCGAGGUCCUGCUGAACGCGCAGUGCGACCUGCACGCCGUGAACUGCCACGGGGACACGCCGCUGCACAUCGCCGCCCGCGAGAGCUACCACGACUGCGUCAUGCUGUUCCUGUCGCGAGGGGCUGACCCCGAGGUGCGGAACAAGGAGGGCGACUGCCCCGUGGACCUGACGCUGGAGAACUCCGAGGUCUGGUUCGCCCUGCAGCUGAACCGCAAGAUCCGCCAGGGCAUCCUCAACCGGGCGCUGCGGACCGAGCGCAUCAUCAGCAGGGACGUGGCCCGCGGCUACGAGAACGUGCCCAUCCCCUGCGUCAACUCGGUGGACGACGAGCCGUGUCCCGACGACUACAAAUACAUCUCGGAGAACUGUGAGACCUCCACCAUGAACAUUGACCGCAACAUCACGCACCUGCAGCACUGUACCUGCCAGGACGAUUGCUCCUCCAGCAACUGCCUGUGUGGCCAACUCAGCAUCCGCUGCUGGUACGACAAGGACGGGCGCCUGCUCCAGGAAUUCAACAAGAUCGAGCCGCCCCUCAUCUUCGAGUGUAACCAGGCGUGCACCUGCUGGAGGAACUGCAAGAACCGGGUCGUCCAGAGCGGCAUCAAGGUCCGACUGCAGCUCUACCGGACGGCCAAGAUGGGCUGGGGGGUGCGAGCCCUUCAAACCAUCCCCCAAGGGACCUUCAUCUGCGAGUACGUGGGGGAGCUGAUCUCGGACGCGGAGGCCGACGUACGGGAAGAUGACUCGUAUCUCUUUGACCUGGACAACAAGGACGGCGAGGUGUACUGCAUUGACGCCCGUUACUACGGCAACGUGAGCCGGUUCAUCAACCACCUGUGUGAGCCCAACAUCAUCCCAGUGCGGGUGUUCAUGCUGCACCAGGACCUGCGCUUCCCCCGCAUCGCCUUCUUCAGCAGCCGCGACAUCCGGGCCGGCGAGGAACUGGGGUUCGACUACGGUGACCGGUUCUGGGACAUCAAGAGCAAAUACUUCACGUGUCAGUGCGGGGCGGAGAAGUGCAAACACUCGGCCGAGGCCAUCGCCCUGGAGCAGAGCCGCCUGGCCCGCCUCGAGGCGCACCCCGAGCUGCUGCCCGACGUGGGGGGGCUGCCCCUGCUGGGCCCCUGAGCCCCGGGGGGGACCCCGAUUCCCGCCCCAGGGACCCCAAUUCCCACCCCUGAGCCCCUGGGGACACUCCCCACCCUGCCCCUGAGCCCCCCGGGGGAUCCCCCCCCGGCUCGGGCCCUUUUUAACUGUAACGUCCUGGGAGGCUGAAUCCAAUAAACGCCGGCACCGCCGGGAACUCGG